CAUGGCCGAUAUUUCAUUCAUUUUGGGCUUCCUUUUCUUUCUGUCUUGUAUGGAUAUCUAUACACGGGCGGUCAUCGUUCAAGAUUUCCGUAUAAAUUAUUAAAUGAAGGUGCUAUAAGCGUUGAUUUUAUGAAAAAGCUGUAGGUUAUAAAUUGUUAAAUAAUGAUCUUACUCGAGAUCAAUAAUAGAAUUAUAGAAGAAACACUAACAGUAAAAUAUAAAAAUGCACUGGCACGCUUAAAGCCUGAAUCCAUAGAUGUCACAGUUGCAGAUUUUGAUGGAGUGCUUUUUCAUAUAUCCAAUAUCAAUGGAGAUAAAACCAAAGUUAGGGUUAGUAUAUCACUCAAGUUUUACAAGCAGUUAGAAGAACAUGGAGCUGAUGAACUUCUCAAAAGAGUGUACGGACCAUUGCUCAUAGAACCAGAGUCUGGUUACAAUGUGUCGGUGUUAUUGGACGUUGACCCGGAGAACAUCCCGGGCGACUGGGAGGAGACGGUGAAGAAGGUGGGGCUGCUGAAGCGGAACUGCUUCGCAUCCGUGUUCGAACGUUACUUCCGGCUGCAGGAGGACGGCGACGUCGCACAGAAGCGCGCCGUCAUCAACUACCGUCAGGACGAGACACUAUAUGUGGAAGCGCAAGAAGACCGGGUGACUGUUGUGUUCUCCACCGUGUUCCGACACGAAGAUGACAUGGUCAUCGGGAAAGUGUUCAUGCAGGAACUUAAAGAGGGACGAAGAGCAUCCCACACUGCACCUCAGGUUCUAUUUUCGCAUAGGGAACCGCCUUUAGAACUCAUGGACACAGAUGCGAAAGUAGGAGAAAAUAUCAGUUAUGUUACAUUUGUGUUGUUCCCGCGGCACACGUGCGCGGCGGCGCGCGACAAUACGAUCGACCUGCUGCACAUGUUCCGCGACUACCUGCACUACCACAUCAAGUGCUCCAAGGUGUACGUGCACUCGCGCAUGCGCGCCAAGGCCGGCGACCUGCUCAAGGUGCUCAACCGCGCGCGCCCGCAGAACACGGGCAGGCCCGUGGAGCGCAAGACCAUUACUGGAAGAACAUUUGUGAGGCGAGACUGAGUGUUGCGUUGCGGCGAGACGUAGACGCCGAACUCAGCGCAGCUGUCUCCCUCGUGUACCGUAACGCCGCCACUCUGUAACAUCUCCCACCCUCCUCGUACCACGUACCGAUGGUAUCUUAGUCAAAUGCUCCGGAUCAGGUCAAUGCUGUGGAAGCCGCCGAGAUCUUAUUCGAGUGGACGCGUUAUCCACCUUGGAACUCCACAAUGUGCGUAUUUCAUACAUCCACCAUAUUAUAAUCUAAUCUUGUAAGGAGAAUGGACACGUUUGUUUGGAGUUUGGUACUCGAAAUCAAUGUUUCUUGCCACCUCUCGCGCAUGGUGUAUUAAAUCUGACAAUGUAUUACUUCGUCCCUAAAUUAAACAUUUUUCACCUAGAAUAUUCUUCAACACAUUAAACAGGGUCAAUAAUCUUGUUAGAUGUAAUAGAUAAUGUGUUCACGUAUUGACUUAUUGAUCCCAUCAAUCGAUUAAUACAUAAAUAAGCGAGGUGACCAAUCAAAUUGACUUUCAGUACCAAAACGCCCAUUGUCCUUCUAUUAUUUAUUUGUUACAUAUUGUAAAGUAAUAAUUGGACUUCAUAAGAUCGUCACAAAGUACUUAUUCAUAAUUAUUUUGUUGCCAUUCGACAUAAAUUCAAAUGCCAAAUAUUUAUAAAAGAUAUGCUCAAUAUUUAUAAACUGCCGAUGUUUGUACCGUCAGAAAUGUGCACAUUGUAUUUAUAAAUAUUUAUUGUCAAAUCUUCAAGCCUAGCGUAAAGUCAAUAAAUAAUGUUGCCGUAGUAAUUGUUAAUAACAAAAUUAUGCUUUAUUAUAAUGAGAGUUCUAUUUAUAGUGAUGGCACUGUAACACUCAAACUUGGGUUCCUAAUGUUAGUGUACACUUAGAUAUGCGUUCAACUGGUCUCAGGGUUCAAAUGGAAAUCUGUCUUAUAAUACUGUGUUUAUUUGGUGAACAAUGUGAAGUGUUUAGUCAGAGGAUUCGCAAAGUAUCUCAGACACUAAGGCGGAGUUCCACGUGCUAUUUCAAGUAUACAAUGUGAGUGCUCUUACAGAACAGGUCAGUAGCCAAUCACUACAGCGUUUUCUAAUCGCGUCCUGAACUUGAACCAUUCUAGAUCACUAGUGUCCAUCCGAGAACCACUAGCUUACGUAAUUUUGUUGUAAGUUGAUACAAUUACCAAUCCUCAUGUAGGGUAAAACUGUAUUAUAAAAAUCUAGCUUAUGUUGUUUCGAUCUACAAACUUGUAUAAAUGUAUAUCUACAUCAUCGAGACAGGUAAAAUGCACAAACUCGUAAGAAUCAUUCAAUGGUUAUUUUAUAAACACUCCUCUAUAUUAUUUAGUUUCAUAAUGCAAUACGCGAACAAUAAUAAUUUUUUCUACUCCUCUACUUUAAUCUGGCAUUUAAAUAACCAAAAAGUCUAAUAUAAGUACAUACAUAAUUAAACUCUUUGAAAAAGUGUACGCUCUAUGGCCUAUAAAAGCAUUGUUUACAAAGUGUAACUGUACUAUAAUGUCGCCAAAAAAGCAUUGUUGUUGUUUUUUUUUUUUUGACCUGGAAACUGGCACCUUUACUUUGUUUGGUGCCAUAGAUAUACUAUAAAAAAAAGUAUACAUUUGCCGCCAUUUUCCCGCGCGUUGGAAAAUAAAUUGGAAAAUUUUUGUGUUUCGUUUAAAAUUACGUCGUCGUAGAAAAAGUAUUGUAUGCAACGUUGUAUAACUAGGUCAAAAAAUGCUCGUGGCGUCUCUUAUUGCGAUGUUCGCCAAGGCUCACAUCGCAACUCACGCCACUCGCAUUUUUUGACCCUUCUUAUACAACUGUUGCAUAAAAUACUAUUAAAGUUCACUCUUAUGUUUUAGGUAGGUCCGAUUCAAUUAUAAUGUAAGUGAAAGUGUAUAGUAUUUCUCAAUAGAUUCUUCCAUAGACAAGAGAAACAAAAAUUAUGGCCUUAUUUAUGAAGAGAUCCCUUUGGUUUGAAAAAGCCGCGAUCCGGCUUGGGUUGAUAGAGUCGCUAGUUUAGAGGAUACUCAACGUAUCGAAAUAUUUAAGUACUUUGACGCCUCUAGAUAUGCUCUCGGGUGAAAACAGUUUGUAAUGAUAUUUUAGAUAGCGGACAGAGACCAUUUUCGGCGUGUUUUUAAAUUUAGCCAAUGUAUUUAGGAUAAGGAGCAUAUCAAGAGGAGUCAUUGAAUAAGUGCAAUUCUAUCACUGUUUAAAUUCCAAUUUGCAUUUAUUUUAUAGAUGGACUAUGAGAACUGUUUUCUUAAAUUUAUUUCUAUAUUUUAUGUAAUAUCCAAUUAAAUCAUAAUUUGUUAUCAUUAUCGUCGUCAUCACUUUUUCUGCACCAAGAAUUAAUUGCUCAACUUUGCAGAACACCAAGUAAAGUAAUACUUCCGCAGCAUAAAUUACAAAAAAAGAUAUAUAGCGUAAGAUCUACGUUUGGGCGAUUGUGAAAAAUAUCGAGUCAUGGACUGAGAGUUGUUUAGGCUAUCAAAUCGAUUUUCUGGGAGUCAUAGGAUUAUGAAUGUAUUACACUUUAGUCAUUAAAAUAACGUGACUUUUAAUUUAACAUGACAGGUUCAUAAAGCAACAUACGGCGUAUGAGCUAACGUAAUGAUGCAUGUAGAAACAAUUUAACUAUUUAAUAAAAUUUUGUAGCUAACUUGAAUUUUAUGUAAUUUUUAUUUGCAAGAUGUAUUAUUUAUGUAUUAUAAAGUAAGUUAAAUGUUGCUUUAAAGUUAUUGCUUACAAUUUGAUCAUUGUUUUUACUGACAGUUUUAACGCGUGAUUAUGUGAACUGUGCAGAAUACGGAGGUUAUUUGUGAAUAUGUAAUUAUUCUUGUGGUUUAAAAUCCGUUUAUACUGUAUUUUUUAUUUCUAGAUUAAAGAAAACAUCUUACUGCAA